AUGGCCGACGACCCGAGGUUCGUGACAACCCUCAAGACCGGCAACAUCUUGAAGGUGCAUGUGGCUGCAGCUGUAGCCGAGGAGACUGUGUGGCCGGCGCAGGGCCGCAAGAAGGUCUUCGGCCUGAUGGACGACCUUCCUCACCUCGGCCCCUACGAUCUCUACCGGCUG